AUGGCUUUUUUGUGGUAUUGCUGCGGGUGCAACUUCGGCCCUUACAACUCGGCCCUUUACGAUUCCUGCAUCGAGUGCGGAAGGGCUCGUUGUGCUGGCUGCGUUGCCCAGAAGGCCUCUGACAAUAUGGACCUUCACUCCCACUCCGACAACUUCAACCCAAUCUCCGCAUACCCAACUGCUGUCUCCAUGGACUUGCCUCGCACCCCAACCUUGAAGACUACAGCCAUGUCCAUAGUCGUACCGGAGCUCGCCGGUUUAGGACCCCUACCACGGGCCGACUUCACAGGCAUCUCGCCAGCAUCACUACCUGGAACAAGGCAGAAUAGUGGUACCUACAUGUACAUAUGCUGCUCAUGCAAUGACGGGCCUAAGAUCCACAACCACCAACCCCAGUGUGUGAUCUGCGACCACAUGGCCUGCAGCAAUUGCACGUAUGUCAAGUGA